GGCGGCGGUGAACGUCGUUUUUUGUCUUCGAAGGACGUGAUGGACGGCGAUGGACCUGCUGUGCUGUCGACGACGGAGAAGACAGCUGUCGCGGCGGCUGCGGUUGCCGUUGUCCAUCGUUUCCAAAUCGAGAGUGCGGCCGGGCGCAUGAAGGCAGCGCUUUCGAGGCGGUGGCAGAGGCUACUGCUGCAAAGGGUGUUGGACGCCCCGGACUGCAUCACCACAUCCCAAGCCGUGGUUCAGCUGUGUGCUGCAAUCGGGUGCGGUUUGCUUCCUCGGGCGACGCCACGUUGGUGGAUGCGGCGGAGAUCUGGCGGGACUUGGGAGGAUUUACGGGUGUGCGAUGACGCGACAGACGACUACUUCCGGGAAAAGCUCCGUAUGUCCAGGAGAGUGUUCAUGGAGAUCAGCAAAGCAUGUGCGCCUCAUGUGCAGCGGCAGGUGACGUUUUACAGGGAGCCACUACAGCCGGAGCAGAUCGUCGCGUACGCGCUGUAUAGGUGGGGCACAGGAGAGUCUUACGAUAACAGGACAUCAUCCUUCAACAUGGGCAGGACUUCCAGAGUUCGAGCCGUUGUGGUGGACCUGGAUCUGCGCGUCCUUGAUGUGUUCGUCGGAUAUCUGGGUAGUUGCCACGACAUUAGGGUGAUCCAGUUGUCAAGUCUGUCGAGGCGUGCGGAAGAGGGAUUGCUGUUUCGUGGGCCGCCUGUGACGCCGCCGGGAGGGGUGACGACGAACGAAUACAUCUUGGGCGACAACGGGUAUCCUCCUUCUGAGUGGGUGGUGGUGCCGUACGGAGGAAUCAAUCAGCACCCGGACGAGGAAAGGUUUGACACGAAGCAGAAGGUCGCAAGAGGGGCCGUGGAGAGGGCGUUCGGGAGGUUGAAAGGGAUGUGGAGGCUCUUCCUGCGAACGCACAAGACGAACCUCGACAGUCUGCCGCAACAGUUCACGGAGGUAUGCAUUCUCCACAACAUCCUGCUCAAUGCAGGAAUCGAGUUCGACGAGAAUCUGUUGUGGGAGGUCGACGCGAACGGGGUGAGGCGGCGAGUGGACCUAGGGAUUCAUCGCCCCCCGCAGACAGUGUCAAUGUUGACUUCGACGCGCGAGGCUCAUGCGCUCCGCAAUGCACUGGCGCAGCGGAUGAAACAUGUUUGAUCCAGCCAGCCGCCUACCUGUUCG